UUUUACCAAGAGCUUCUAUACAGCAUAGCCCUAGUGGACCGUAAGUUGAAUAUAUUAUAUAGUUGCUGGUUUAAAAUGUCUGUCGUACUUUCUAGGAAACAGAGGCCAUACUUUCCAAAUAGGACUCCUCCGCACACCUACUGUGGAUACCUUUACCCAGGACACCAUACAUACCGGCAAGCCCAUAAGCAGCACUUGUACUACAAUGAUUUUAAGACAAGAACAGCUAUCUAUACUAUUGAAAAGGUUAAAUGGCAAGCAAAGGAAUGCUCUGAUAGAGUGUCUGCGAGGAAUGAAUGUGAACCCAAAGAACAGGGAAGGAAUGAACACUCUGCUCAACACUCCGCAAGAUUUACAACCACUAAUCUUAAACCACCAUCAUGUGAAUCACAGAAAGCCACUGGCGCUACCACCACCAUGCAAGAGAAGGAAUCUAGGUGCUCCCCAGCUUCUGCACCGGCUACCACCAGAGGAAUGGGAACAGCCGUGGAGAAACUAGAGGACUAUGCUUUGAAUAGACAAGGCAGGACUAUUUACAAUGUACAAAGUGGCGUUGUACCCAAUUAUUGUGGGCAUGUCCCAGGUCAAAAGUUUGUGUUUGGAAGAACCUGGGGAGCGAGCACCGUUAACACUUUGGGAUUCGGGCAUCAGAGACCUUUCCAGUGGACGUCUCUCUUUUGA